AUGCCCGAACUCAAAACACUUCUUUUUCCAAGAUGGCGUCGAUGAAGGACAGCGACACCGGCCUGUGGCUUCACAACAAACUGGGAUCCACGGACGAGCUUUGGACGCCUCCGAGCAUCGCUUCUCUUCUCACCGUGUCAGUAAUUGACAACAUACGGUUGUGCUUUUCAAGCUUAUCGCCCCCAGUGAAGCUGAAACUCCUGCUCGGGAUGCUGCAUCUUCCCAGACGGACCGUUGACGAGAUGAAGGAGGCCCUGUCAGAGAUAAUCCAGCUGGCCACGGUGGACUCAGAGCCCUGGGUGCUGAUGGUUGCAGACAUCCUCAAAUCCUUCCCAGAGACCGGUUCUCUCAAUCUGGAUUUGGAGGAGCAGAAUCCAAAUGUGCAGGAUAUUCUUGGAGAACUCAGGGAGAAAGUGGGCGAGUGUGAGGCGUCUGCCAUGCUUCCUCUUGAGUGCCAGUACCUGAACAAGAGUGCAUUAACCACUCUGGUGGGACCUCUCACACCUCCCGUCAAACAUUUCCAGCUGAAGAGGAAGCCCAAGAGUGCCACCCUCAGAGCAGAGCUGCUGCAGAAAUCCACAGAGACAGCCCAACAGCUGAAAAAGACAGCCGGAGUGCCUUUUCACGCCAAAGGAAGAGGACUUGUCAAAAAGAUUGACACUACGACUCCUCUCAAGGGGAUUCCCAAGGCCCCAUUCCGCAGCCCCACUGCCCCCAGUAUGUUCAGCCCUCCCAGUAACCGCACACCUAUUGCCCCGGCACGGACGCCCCUGCGUAAGGAGAGGGGGGUCAAGCUGUUAGACAUAUCAGAGCUGGAUAUGGUCGGAGCUGGAAGAGAAGCUAAGAGGAGAAGAAAGACUUUGGAAACGGAGACUGGAGAGAAAGCAGCCAAAGAAGAAGCAGUGGUGGAAAACACGACACCCGACUACGCUGCCGGCCUCGUCUCUGCACAGAAUCCUCUGCCGUCAACCAGCUACCUACCAGCCACACCCAGCAUGGUUCCCUCCUCCUCUUACAUUCCCAGCUCCGAGGCACAGCCAGCGAAUGCUGGUGGUUCAGGCCGGGACACGCUGCAGUCGGCUCGACAACCAGAGGAGUCAGCAACAGCGGGCGCCGGCGCCACCGCCACCUUACCAGGCCAGUACAAACAGAGGACGCCCAUGUACAACGCUAGCAACACAGCCAAUCCGGCAACCCCCACGUCCCCCAGCACGCCAGUCUCCACCCCGGCCAGCAACGGGCCCCCUGCAGCUGCCACUGCCAGCCAGCCAGAGACCCCCGCCCAGCCUCCCAGCACGCCUCAGACCCCGACCCCAACACCAACCCCCACGCCGGCCCAGCCACAGCCCAAAAAGAAUCUGUCACUCACGAGAGACCAGAUGUACGCUGCCCAGGAGAUGUUCAAGACAGCCAACAAGGUCACCAGACCAGAGAAGGCGCUCAUCCUGGGCUUCAUGGCUGGAUCCAGAGAGAACCCGUGCCCGGAGCAGGGGGACAUCAUCCAGAUCAAGCUGAGCGAACACACGGAGGUCCUGCCCAAAGCCGACGGCACCGGCAGCACCACCAUGCUGGUGGACACAGUUUUCGAAAUGAACUACUCCACAGGGCAGUGGACCCGCCUCAAGAAAUACAAACCCAUCACCAAUACCUCCUGAGGCGCUUUCGCUCGCUCAAAAUCACACACACACAAUUUCUUAUCCACUUCAAAGAAAAAGAAAAAAAAACAUGUUUACACACAUACAAGUAUUUGCAAACACGUUUGGGCCAAAUCAAGCACUGGGCAGGUGAGAGGUCGUCAAGGAGAGAAAGGUCCUCCCUUUUCCUGCGCUGCCAAAAUGCAGGACUCUAUGAAGAAUAUUUCUGUACUUUUUGUUUGUUUCCAUUACCCUUUUUAUUGUUUCUGUUUUUAAGUCACCUGCGAUUCCUGAAUGACGCUGUGGUCAGGAGGGGUGAGAGUUAAACACGAGUCUGAGCAGAAGAAUCAUUGUCACGUCGGGCACCUUUCAACGUUUGUACCGAGGUACAAUCAUGUCGCGUGUCUAGAGCGAAGAGGAGACGAGCUGUCUGUAUUUUUCUGUAUGAAUGUGACAUUCGCAGCUUAUCUUGGACCUUUCAGAACAGAAUCAUGAUUUGAGGGAGAGAAAAAAAAAAGAGAACAAUGACAGUCA